AGUCGUUGCGUCGUAGCAGUGGUAGUUACAUCGUCGCGUGAGUCACAAGUGAAGCUAAUCGAGCACGGAAACGGAACGAUAGGAGGCGAACGAGAGCUGACGUUUUCCGGAAGGACGGAGGACGCGACGUGCGUCUCCGAGAAAGACCGUGAUCGUGCGUUUAGUCGCCACGGCGUCGAUGGUGCCUUUGUCCACGGUACGACACGGCGACAUGAAAUAACGACGGGCCGUAACGAGUCAACGACGCGACAGGCAGCGACGACGUCCUGAUUCCAAGCGUCCGUGCUCAGUCCUCAGUGUAGGCUAGUCGGUCGCUCGGCGGUCGUUGUCACGGUGAGAAUCAUCCAUCCCAUCCACCCAGACACCAUCUAGAAGACGAGCCAACGGACGACGGUCCGAAGAAAACAACUUCAGAAACGAGAGUUCGCGCCGAAAAGAACAAAGAAUCACCCGACGAAGCUCUUCCACUUGUCUCGUUUCAAAUCCCGUAAUCUGGGCUCCGAUUUCACGCGUCGUCUAUCACGUCGCGGCGAUAACAUCGUCUUCCUCAAGGCGACAAGGUCUUCUCCUGCGGCAGUGAGGAGGUUAUCUGCCGGUAGAGAUCCGGAGAAUUCGAGAAUUCCCCCGCUCGUCAGUUCGACAUUGUCCAGUCCUGUGCGUUUCAAUUGGAAAGAACGAUUCCCGAGUCAGACGUUGACGUCAUCGUCGGCAUCCUAAUUCUCUUCGUUUUCAAGGAACGUUUCCGAGGAUCUUGACAAGAACGCACAACAACAAAUAUGGCUGCCACGGCGUCGUACGCGUGCACUCGCAAUUGCACGGACGCGGGAUACCAUACGUCUUACGAUGUUCUCGAAGGGACGGACGAGUGGUUGCCAUGGCACGAGAUCGUGGAAUAUUUCUCGUACAAUCCAUGGAUAUUUUCCCUGCUGGGCAGCACAAUGGUCGGCCUCACGGGCAUCUUCCCCCUGUGGCUCAUCCCCAUCCAGGACGGCGUGGAUCUGAAAACCGGCGAAAAUGGUGGCACUUUGAAGAUUCUUUUGAGCUUUGCCGUAGGCGCAUUGUUGGGCGAUGUCUUUCUACAUCUUCUGCCAGAAGCAUUCGAGAGUGAAUUUCAGACAAGAGUCGAGGGUAACCACGCGUCUACGCCCGCCGGCCUAUGGGUGUUGUCCGCCUUUUUGUUCUUUGUAAUCAUCGAAAAACUCAUCGCUACCGUAAACGAGGAAGCACCUAUCAUUGCAGAACAGCAAAUCGAUGAAACUUCAAUCAAGAAUGUAAAUAAAGAAAAAGAAAUAGAUAAUAAUAAUUGUAUUAUGAUAACGAACGCUGAAAAAAACGAUUUCCCGAAAGGAUGUUUGAAAAAUACAACCGAGGUACAGUUCCUGCAGAAACAAUCCGGGAAAGAAUUUACGCAAAUCCCAAAUAGCAUUAAAGAUCAGCGAAAGAAUGGUUUUAAGGAUGUUGACAUUAUGAAAUCUGCAUUAGCGAGCGAAUGUCCUAAUGACGAGUGUCCAUUGGUUGACGAAGCAAAGAGUUGCUUGAAGAAACUUGCGAAGACUAAUGGUUUCACAUCGACGAUUUCACGUGUUGACUCUCCAUGCGUACAUUCAUCGAGCAAUAUUGUUAAUCGUUCAAUCGUAUGGGUAAAGAAAUUCAUCUUCCGUAAAUUUUUCAAUCCCAAAGCCUUUCCCGGAUAUCUAAAUCUUUUAAUGAACUUCCUCGACAAUUUUACUCACGGUUUAUCUGUGGGUGGAUCGUUCCUCAUUUCCUUCCGCGUAGGCAUCCUCAGCACGUUCACCAUUCUGGUGCACGAAAUACCUCACGAGGUUGGCGAUUUUGCUAUUUUGUUACGAAGCGGAUUUAGCAGAUGGGAUGCUGCGCGGGCGCAGUUAAUCACAGCUAGCGGUGGAAUCGUUGGUGCUUUGGCAGCCGUCUCUUUUUCAAGUAGUCUAGAGGAAAGAACCAAUUGGAUAUUGCCAUUAACCGCAGGAGGAUUCAUACAUAUUGGUUUAGUAACCAUCUUGCCUGAUUUGUUGAAAGAAACGAACACGAAAGAAUCUUUGAAACAACUUGGCGCUUUACUUUUUGGAGUUGUUAUCAUGGCUGCGUUGAUGUACAUUUAGGCCAAAUAUAAUUCUUUAAAAAAUUA